AUGAUGCUUGUCCCUGCUCAAUUUGAUGGAACAGGACAUCGAUCCUGGAAAAGAGGAGUUAUGCGAGCUCUGUCAGUGAAAAACAAAUUGGGUUUUAUCGAUAGAAGUUGUGAGAAACCAAAUGUCAAUUCACCUCAAUUGCGCCAAUGGCAGAGGUGUGAUGAUAUGGUAACAUCUUGGGUUUUGAAUUCAUUGAUCAAGGAAAUCUCAGACAGUGUGGAGUAUGUGAAUAAUUCUGCUGAACUUUGGAAGGAGCUAGAGGAUAGAUACGACCAAACCAAUGGGGCAAAACUCUACCAGAUACAAAAGGAAAUCAAUAAUCUCACUCAAGGAAUCUUAGACAUCACUGUCUACUAUACGAGGAUGAAGAAAUUGUGGGAGGAGUUGAACACUUUGAGUGUGAAAAAUCAUUGUAGUUGUGUAUGUGUGUGUGGUGCAAAGGAUGGUAUGCACAAGGCAGAGCAAGAUAGACGUUUAAUUCAGUUCCUUAUGGGACUAAAUGAAGUGUACACAGUAGUGAGGGGAAAUAUCCUCAUGAUGAAUCCACUCCCUUCCAUGGGACAGGCUCUCACUAUUAAUCUAGGAGGAAAAACAAAGAGAGUUUAA